AUCGAAGUACGGCGGGAAAGCGGGCUCCCGGUCCGAUGUCCGGCCCAGGGCUUUUGUUUACUUACAGAGAGCAGAGCAAGUUUACAUAGGUGCAAUUUACUCUUACUCGCAAUGGAUCCCAGCGAAGUUGAAUUCAUUGCGGAAAAGGAACUUGUCAGUAUUGUUCCCAACUUCACCAACAGUGAGGUGCACCUCAUUUCAGGGGACGUUGGCCCCUUUCGUGCUGGAUUGCCUGUUAACGUACCUAUCUGGAUGGCACUUAACCUAAGACAAAGACAGAAGUGUCGUAUAAUUGCUCCAGACUGGCUAGAUGUGGAGAAAUUGGAAGCAUUGAAAGAGGAAGAGAAAUCAAACAGGUUUUUCACUAAAAUGCCCAGUGAGCAUUACAUGGUCGUUGCUCAGCUCUUAUUAUCAGCUGUAGAUGAUGACAUUCCCAGAGUGGAGGAAAUUCGGAUGGCUGUUAAGGAUUUAUGGGAUGUAAGAAUCUCCAAGCUCAGAUCAUCAGUUGAUACUUUCAUUAAGACUGGUGGAUCUCAUGCACGCUUAGAUUAUCUGACCACCAUGGAAAUCAAUAGUGUCCGUCCAUUGCUGCCACAUGCACUUGAUUUCAUUGAUAGACUCCAAAAGGCAUCAGAGGGUGCAUCUCGCAGGGACAUGGCAAGUCAAGAUUAGGCAACUUCUUUUUAAGGCUUUUAUGUUAUUGUGUAAAUUAAAUUGUCAACCAAUUAAAUUAUUUUCAUCCAAA